AUGUGGCACCUUGAACACAAGAAAGAGAAAAUCGUCAAGGCCCUUAUCAGGACCUGUGAUAAGGAGGAGUCCAUUGAGGCUGGUGACGAUACUCCUGAAAUGAAGGACAUUCGAGUGUGGAGGCAAAUGGCAAAGAAGAGGAAGCUGCUGAAGAAAAGGCAGACAAUAGAGGACAGAAUAAAACGCAAGAAGGAGAAGCAGAGACAAAGACAAAAGUGGACAAAGAAAGAGAGAGAAAGAAGGGAUGGGAAAGGAGCACGUAAGUGGAAGAAGAAAGGAGAGGAGGAAGACACAGAAAGUGAGGAGAGUGAAAGAGAAGAGGACACAGAAAGAUCUGGAUCUGUUCCAAAGAAAAGCCUCAUGUCAAACCUGAAAACGUGGUACCUGAAACAACAGAAGGAGAAAAUCGUCAAGGCCAUUAGCAAGACCCGUGACAAGGAGGUGGCCAUUGAUGUUGGUGAUGAUACUCAUGAGAUGAAAGAGAUAAGAGUAUGGAGACAACAGGCCAAGAGGAAGAUGCUGCUGAAGAAACAGCAAGAACUGGAGGAAAAAAUACAACACAGGUUUACAUGUCAUCACAAACAGAAGAGCAAAGAGUGUGGAUGGAAACAAUAAUGUAUCUUAGGCAGCACAAUUUAAUAUAUUUAUUUUUAUAAUUUAAUUUGAUAUAAUUUAAUACUAGAUUAACUUAAUCAAAUGUAAAUAGAAAUUAUAUUUUUAUAAUCUAAUUUAAUUUUUAUAUAUUUAUAUUUUAUUAUUAGUCAUAUUUAAUAUUUAGGAUAGAGUAAUUUAUUUUUUAAACUAGUUGUAGAAAUAAUAUAUAGUUAAUAAUAAUAUAUAGUUCUAGAAAUAAUAUAGUUAGAGAAGCAAAAGUUAUUUAAUAUAAAAUAAAGUUAUUGUCCUCCGAUGAGGGGGGGUGGUGGCGGGUCAAAAUUAAAAUAUUUAUUAAGUAUUUUAAUAUUAGUAAUAUUUAAUAUAAUUUAGGAUAAAGCAAUUUAUUUUUUAACUAGUUGUAGAAAUAAUAUAUAGUUAAUAAUUAUAGUUCUAGAAAGAAUAUUAGAGAAGCAAAAUUAACUUCAUAUAGAAUAAAGUUAUUGUCCUCCGAUGAGGGGGGGUGGUGGUGGGUCAAAAUAAAAUUUAAACAAAAAGAAAAAGAAAAGAGAAACAUGAAAAACACUUAAGCACUAUAAAAUAUAAUUGGAUCUAACUAAAUGUAAUAAAAUAUUUUAUUAUUUGUAAUAUUUAAUAUAAUUUAGGAUAAAGUCAUUUAUUUUUUAAGUAGUUGUAGAAAGAAUAUAGCAAAAUUCAUUUAAUAUAGAAUAAAGUUAUUGUCCUCCGAUGAGGGGGGGUGGUGGCGGGUCAAAAUUUUAUUUUAAAAAAAGGAAGAAAUGAGAAACUUGCAAGAUACUUAAACACAUCAAAUCUAUUGCGAUCCAAUAGGUCCUGAUCUGAUCUAAUCUAAUAAGAAAGAGUCCUGAAACAGAAGAGGAAUUAAGCACACUUUAAAUAAUUGUAGUCAGUUUAUGACCAUAAACACCAACACAAGAGUGAACACAUCCUCAUAUGGAGACAGCAAAUGUUGUUUAAACAGACCUACAUCUACUGUCUAACAAAAAUCUAGAUGGAUCUGAUCUAAUCUGUUGUAAUCCACUCUAACCAAGUCAUUAUUUAGGUUCAUGUAGUUCCACCUAAAAUUAAAGUUCAGUUGCUGCUUUAAAAAUGUGAGUGUUGUUACUCCUUCUGUGACCUGAGCCUCUCCAGUGUUUUCUGGUAUUUUCCUCUGCUUCCCUGGAGCCUCUGCCUCUCUGCUCUCUGUGUGUGGAGGAGUGGAGCAUCUUCUGCUUCACCUGUAGCUCAUCGAUUAUUGUUUCAGCUUCACCACGUGGUAACACAUCCGGGCCACCGUAGUUUCUGGUGUUUCUUGUGUCUCUAGUAUUUCUAGUUUUUCUCUAGGUGUUGUUCUCCAGUGUUUUUUGUGCUCUACUGAGUCCAGUCUCAGAACUCACCUGGUCCUUUGCUGCUACUCGCCUCUGUGGCCUGUUCACCUGGUUCGCCGCCAUACCCUGCCAGACCAUUUGCCUGCUCCGAGCCUCCAGUCUCCACUGCUCCUCCCGGGUCACUUCAUUCCUCUGCCGCAUCAGUCCUGAAGGGGGCCCACAGAGACUGCUUAUGUACAGGACCCAGGACUUUGUGCUCUACCCCUGCUGGUGGUCAACACAGAGAUCUGAAGACUUCUGUUGAGAAAGAUGGAGAGGACCCUUACUGUGCUGGAGCCACAAACAGCCACCCAUGGCAUGCUGAAGGGGGAGGACUGAGACACACCCACUGCCCUCUCUAUCUGUCUCUCCCUCUUUCUAUCUCUCCUCUCCUGUACUCCACCCCCCCACCCCCCACUCCCCCACACACAUUCCUGUUACCCAGUGUUCAUUCCUGUUAAUU